AUGAAGUCCCUGAUGGAUACAGUACAGCUCCUCCACAAGCUUCCCGGGAGUCCCUCUGUCCUAAGGCUACGAGAGCAAGUACAGGACUUCGUGCGAAUAGUGGGGUGCCUCGUACAGACCAUGCAGACCGUCCACCGAGUCUCGCCCAAAGUCGCGGCCCACAAACUGUUCUCCUACAUCGACGAGCAAAUCCGUGACUACCCCCACAGCCUAGACAAGCUGACCGCCGAAGUCAACAAGCACUGGGCCCGCCUUUCCGAUAAGCUGACAUCGGGCGGGCUGCGGUGGAUACUCCUGGGUAUCUUCUCCACGGAUGGCUGGAUCCGGAUAUGCCGCCACGUCGAGGUCUUGAUCAAAGAGAAGAAGGAGUGGCUAGAGAGAGUUAUAUGCUUGUUGGUAAACCCUCAAUGGCGGCACCUCCUGCGCGACGAAUACGGAGAGACGAGGCGCCGUAUAAAGGACGUAGGCCUUUCUUCAGACCUCGACAAAAUGCACCUGGAUGUGCAUACCAUCUGGACGCAAGAACCAGCAAGGUUCAACGUCACGACGACGGAGUUCAGCCUGCUUUGCGACAAUAUCAACAUCUGCGCGCCCCCCGACCGCUCUCUUUCGAUGUCGUCUCACUCUCAAUUGCCUGCGGUCAAUCUCGACCAUCUAUCCCCUCAUGACCCUUCUUCAUUCCACCUGCAUACAUCAGUAUCAUCAGUCGAUGUCGACAUACCUUCUGGUGCUCCUUCCUUGGCUGAGCUUUUGGGAAGUCAGGCUUUGUUGGGAAAUCAGGCUUUGUCAAAGGUCGUCGACUUGUCCACCCGUAGCGCUGCAUUGUUCCGCCCGACGGAGCACGAAGCCUCCUCAGACGGCCAGCGAUACCCCAUCGUACCCUUCACUUCUGAGCCGCCCUUGCCAAUCCAGAGAUGUGCCACUAGCCCGGGUAUCUUGGAUUUAUUCUCAGGCGAACGCGCAACGAAACAGCUCAGCAUCACCGUCGGGCCUGACGCAGAUCGAUUCCACAUCACAGGCCGCGUCCACACUCUCACCAUCAACACCCACCGCGGAGACAACUUCACCGCACCGAUCAGUGGCGGAAUCGUCGGCGGCGUGAGGAAUUCGAACCAUGUCGAGAAUUUUGGACCAUGGGAAGACCGAGUGGUGGGAGAGCUCGACUAA